CUGACUGGAAUUAGGCUAAUUUAACACUGUUUCUUUAAACCAAAUGCAAAUUGAAACUAAAAACCUGGUACAAUUGAUUUAAGUUGUUUUAUGCUUACUCCUAGAUAAUUCGCGGACAACUGCAGUGCUGUCGGUUAGGCCUUAGAAUAAAAUAAAACCUGAGCCCCACAUGUAGAUCGUAUUGUAUUACAUAAAGACCGUUUAGGCCUGAUGAUAUUAGUACACAAUGGGAAAGGAGGAAGGGGGAUGUAGGUUUUACGUGGCAGGCAUAACCUGCAUAAUUACUAGUAGAGACAUCGAAGAAAAACAGAAGUUACACCGGAGAUGCAGGUUUCCCUUACGACGUACAAACUGUUACACGUAGUUAUAAAGCUUGCUAAUAGUCCUGAUGAUCGAAAAAGUCUAAUGCCAUCGCAUAUGAGAGAGGGAGGGGAGAGCUGCUGAGCAAAUGAGAUAAGAGGUCGGCUGGUAUGGCUAGGGUAGCAAAGCGGAGGCAGUUUUUAGCUGUUUAACACGAGCAAGCCCAUAGCAGCAAGGCAGAAACAACAACAAUAGCAUGGUAAAUGUUAAACGGGGCAGACAGUUGACCACUGGUAUUAGCGCACUUCUGCAUAUUUAACGCUGGAUUUCAUUUUUUCGGAACGAAUUGGGUAAUUCACCGUCCGCGAUGGGGAAGGAGGUGAACGGAGUGUCGCGGAGCCGGUUUGAGCAGAUGUUCUCCAACAAUGAUGAGGCUGUCAUCAACAAGAAACUACCCAAAGAGCUGCUGUUGAGAAUCUUCUCAUUUUUGGACGUGGUGACGUUGUGUCGCUGUGCCCAGGUCUCAAGGUCCUGGAACGUUUUGGCUCUGGAUGGCAGUAACUGGCAGAGGAUCGACCUUUUUGACUUCCAGAGGGACAUUGAGGGCCGUGUGGUGGAGAACAUCUCUAAGCGCUGUGGAGGGUUCCUUAGGAAGCUCAGCCUGCGGGGCUGUCUGGGCGUUGGGGACAGCGCACUCAGGACCUUCUCCCAGAACUGCCGGAACAUCGAGCUCCUCAGCCUGAACGGCUGCACCAAGAUCACGGACACGACGUGCACCAGCCUGAGCAAGUUCUGCCCCAAGCUGAAGCACCUGGACCUGGCCUCCUGCACCUCCAUCACCAACCUGUCCCUCAAAGCGCUCAGUGAGGGGUGCCCCCUGCUGGAGCAGCUGAACAUCUCCUGGUGUGACCAGGUAACCAAGGACGGAAUACAGGCUCUGGUGCGCUGUUGCCCCGGCCUCAAGGGCCUCUUCCUGAAGGGCUGCACGCAGCUGGAAGAUGAAGCUUUGAAGUACAUAGGGGCGCACUGUCCCGAGCUGGUCACUCUCAAUCUCCAGACGUGCUCGCAGAUCACAGAUGAGGGGCUGAUCACGAUCUGCCGCGCUUGCCACCGGCUGCAGUCGCUAUGCGUGUCCGGCUGUGCCAACAUCACAGAUGCCAUCCUCAACACGCUGGGCCAGAACUGCCCGCGCCUCAGAAUACUUGAGGUGGCUCGCUGUUCCCAGCUAACAGAUGUGGGCUUCACCACAUUAGCACGGAACUGCCAUGAGCUGGAGAAGAUGGACUUGGAGGAGUGUGUCCAGAUCACAGACAGCACGCUCAUCCAGCUGUCCGUCCACUGCCCGAGGCUACAGGUCCUGAGCCUGUCCCACUGCGAGCUGAUCACGGACGACGGGAUCCGGCACCUGGGCAGCGGCCCCUGCGCCCACGACCGGCUGGAGGUCGUGGAGCUGGACAACUGCCCGCUCAUCACCGACGCCUCGCUGGAGCACCUGAAGACCUGCCACAGCCUGGACCGCAUCGAGCUCUACGACUGCCAGCAGAUCACCCGCGCCGGCAUCAAGAGGCUGCGGACGCACCUGCCCAAUAUCAAAGUGCACGCCUACUUCGCACCCGUCACUCCGCCCCCCUCCGUGGGAGGAAGUCGUCCCAGGUUCUGUCGCUGCUGUAUCCUGCUAUGAUGUUGAAGGCACUGCCCCCCCCCUCCCCCCUCCCCCCUCCCCCUCCCUGUUACCUCUGCCCACCCCUCCACAUUUUGAGACACUGAAUCCAUGAGUCUGCCUGCACCCCCCCCACCCCCCCCACCCCUCUCUGUGGUGUGGCAGCUGGGUGCCCCAGGCGCUGCGGAAAGACGGCAUGCGAUUGACUGACUGCACGCCUGGAGCGUUCCUGAGCCCCACACGCCCCUCCCCGCGGGACUGCGGUCCGCGUCACGACAUUCCCCGUCACCCCGGAGUCACCGAGGGCAACGACACUGCUUCCCGUUCAGUUUACCUCUCCAAAGAAACGCUCAUGCACACACACGCGCGGGCACACACACACACACAUACACACACACACACACAUGCACGCACACACGUGCACACAUACUCACACACGCACACACACACACACACACUCACAGGAACAUACGCACACACUCACACACACACACACAGCCUUUAAUCAGGUGUAGUCUUUAUCUUUGUGAAAUAACUGGUCCUGUGGCUCUUUAUAGAGAGUGGAAUGUAAGCCCCGACCCAUUUUUUGUGCCCUUCAUCAACCAAAACUGUGUGAUUCCCAUGUCUUCAGUGCACGGUACUUUUUUUUAACAACAGGCGCGUAUUUGCGCGUGCUCAGACGUACUCACACACACACACACACACACACGCACGCGCACACACACACACACACACACACCAUGCUCCGAACAUCGUUGCCCUGCUCAUCGCCUCAUCCUCAACUUGAAGCACCGUAGUGCUUAACGAAAGAAAAAGAAAAUCAUAUUUUUUAUAACGGACAACAAACGAGACGGAGGAAGAGAGGAGGAUUCUUGAGAUGCCAAAUGUUGCAUGUUACAAUUCUAGUUUUUUAAAUAUAAAUGUGUACAUAUGUAAGUAAUAUAGGAAUCUCUGCCAGCUGUUUACCCGACUGCGGAAUGCUAUACUGUAGGCAGGAGCUGAAUGGAGGGAGCCGCCUCGGGUCGAAGUGGCCGAACGUGGUGAUGGCGAACUGGGCCUGGGUUCAGAGUUGGCCGCUUCAAAGAGGUCGUGGUGGCCGCCAUUUUAAAAAACCCAUUUCUGAAUGUCCCUCGCGGCCCCGUUGACCCACGAGCGCUGUUUCUCGCGUCUCUGAAGGUGGGCUCGGUUGAAGGGAAGACAACCGAAUCUUCACCUCUUUUAAGAGAAAAAAAAAAAAAAAAAAAGUUUGACCCGAACACAAUCAUUGUUUUCUUUUUGAGGAGAUUUUUUUUUUAACGGAGGAGAAAGAAAAGGACUGAGACAUGCAAGGGGAGGUGUGGUGCUUUUGACGGCAAAGGAGAGGCACAUUUGCACUAGUUACUGCAGCGAAGCGGCGAAGCCCCGCGAGGUUUCGGGCGAACCCCGCCCGUCCGCCAUUGCACCCGGACAGAAGUGUCCCACGCCGAUGUGUGUGUGUGUGUGUGUGGGGCGCAAGCAGAGCCGAAACGAGGAGCUGGCUUUCGUUCACAUUGCAGGUGUGGACUAAAGAACAUCCCUAGUUCCCCACGGACACCAGAGAAAGAUCUGUCCCUGCUGUAAGCUGCUUAUACAGUAACCCUGUAGGGGGGGAGGGAGAGGUCGGAGGUCACGUCGUUUCGGCUACAGAUGAAGGCAGCCCCCUUUAGAGGUUGUGAUUUGGCAGGAAGUGGGGGGAGUGGACAGCGAUGCAAAGAGGGAAAACUUGAAAGGACACAAGGAUGGAACAUCAUGAGGACCCCCUCGGCUGGUUCAUGGGGAACAGAGGGUUGGGGGGGGGGGGGGGUCGAAUCCCAUUCUGCUGUCCCCACCCACCUUUUCUAAGUUCUGCAGGUGUGAUUUCUCCUGAUUGAAGGCCAGAGGUAGAAUGGAAACAGAAAUGGGAAGGAACAGGAAGAAAAAUUAUGAUAGCUUGGAACAUUGCAGUAGCAAAAAAACCAAGGGUCCCCAUUUGGAAAAAAAACCAGUGAGAAGUUGGUAUAAAUGCGACCCAGCUGUGUGUGAACGUGGGUGUAAUGUUGUUGCAUUUGAAAACCUUGUAAAAUCGGUGACAGAGCAGGUAUGAUUUAACAAACGUUUAUACUGAUCAGGAGUUGUACACGGUUCUUUCAAGAGCAUUUCUUUUUGUUUCGCCGUAGAGGAGACGUUGAAGGUUAUGGCUCUGUGGACUCUAGAUCUACCUGGCAACCUGUUACGCAUUUGAAUUUGAGUCAUCUCCUGUGCUUUCUCACCGAAUCUACAUUUUCCUCUCAGCGUCCAAUAUUUUUUGUUUGUUUCUCCGUUCCACUGUUCCACAUUCAGGGGAUUGAAACGAGUGCUCUGGAGAAUGGUCUCUAGCUUCAGAGGUCUAGCUGCGUCUCUCUUCCCUGUAAUUGUUAGCUGUGACGAGAAGCGAGGAGGAGAAGUGUUUGUUACCGUCGAUUGUCUUGCUUGUGUCAUUUAGAGCCAGUUGGGCAUCUAUACUGUAACAUGGGGUUUAAGGUCAGGGUGGAGGCCCAGACCAUGGCCCUAAAUGGCUGCCAUUUCCCAGGCCGUGAUUCUUGCACAAUCCUGCAUUUAAUCAUUUAUCAUUUAUAGCCCCCUCGAGUAAUACGUGACGCUGAAUGUGUUUGAGUCCGAUCGUCUCUGGAGAAGUGCUGGCUUUCUUCAGGGCUUCAAGUUGUCCUUGGGUGAAUAUGCGGGUUUAAGGGUUUGAGUGGAAAUUUCCAUCUUCCUUCCCUGGGUCUAACAGCGAGACAGCGUGAGAGGAGGCUCCUGAUGUGUCUGUAUUUUACCUCAUUGUUUGUGAAUUUGAGGACGAUUAGAAAAGUGCUUAUGACAAAACCUUUAGAAACCAAACACAAGGUGUUGUUUACUCCCAGUGGAACUAUCUAGUCUCAUCUGGCUUGAAUGAAGGGCUGCUUUAAAAAAAAAAAAAAAAAAAAAAAAAAACAAUUGAACAAAAGACUGUUUAAAUGACUCUUGAGGUAACCUGUCAGCAGAGGGGAAAACAAACACUGGCUUGUGAUUUUUGGUUCGGUCUGUUGAAUGUGAGGGUUUCAGAGGAGAUGUAUUCAGUGUGCACUUGCCAGACCCCACCCAAAACCCUUCCACCACCCUCCCACCCCAUAGCUGCUCACCAUGGUAACCAUUCCAUGGCAACAACCUCACGACAAAGGAAAGAAGUCUCUUUCAGAUAUGCAGCUAGACAGACCGAUGGGCAGGCACCUUCACAGACAACCUCCCCCCAAACCCCCCACCUCACAGACAAAAGGUCUUUUUUUUUUUUUUUUUUUACACAAUCCUACCUUUUUGAAAUCAGAGCUCUAGUGAAAUAAUGCAACGCCUUCAACAGAUCGCUAUUGACGUCCUGCAGAUAGAGAGGGGCCUUGAGCUUACAGCCGAAAGCAAGGCAAACGGAAAAACCUUUCGAGUCUACUUACGUUUAACUGCAGGUCUGAACCGUAGUGAAGCCUAAGCAGGGCUCGUGCGGUUCCGUUAAUUUGCGACUGAUUGCGUGAUCUCGUGAGCGAGACCCCGGCAAUUGGAUGAUCGCGUUCUUGCCGGUGAUUUGACCUAUCCUUCCGUUCCUCUCUCCUCUUCGGCAGUCGCCGUUUGGUUUUUACCUCUCCAGGACGGUUCCCUUUGCUCGGCCCGUUAAUUAGUACAGAGUUCACUGCUGUAGAGCGUUAAAGAAAUGAGGGGAAAAGCACAAAUCUGUUUCGUGAGGGUUGCUGUUCAUGGGACACAGUGUGCGCUACGGAGAAGUAUUGCUCACGUAACUUGUUCAGAGUGAAUGCCUUUUCUGUGGGUCUCUCUCGAGGUGUAACGACAAGAACUUUCAGCAGAUUUACUUUCUGGAAAUCUCUAGUGUGAUCCGUGCACUCCUUACUCUGGCUGGCUAGGAGGGAGGUGCAGCUUCCUCUGCGGAUGUGUGAAUGGAAGCCUGUGAUCCUGGGUCAGUGUGGUUUCAGUGUGAACUCGGUGUAGAUCCAGAGUGACCCAUUCUCUGCACCACGGUGAGAUUGGGACCUGUAUGGCUGAUGAACAGGGGUAUGAUGAUCAUCUGCAACAGUUAUAGAUAUUAUAAUUAUUGUAAAUCUUUUUCUUUUCUUUUUUUUUUUUUUACAAUUAACCAACCUAAAUGAAUAUAUGUAUAAAUAAAUAUAUAACUAUAUUAUUAA